AUGGCCUACUUCGAUGAGAAAGCGAAGGAAGAUCCAGAUUUCUUCUACAGGAUAAGAUUGGACGAUGAGGACCGUGUCAGGAACAUGUAUUGGGUGGAUGGUGCUGCAAGAAGAGCCUACAAACAUUUCCGAGAUUGCAUUUCAUUCGACGCGACAUAUCUCACUAAUAUGUACAAGAUGCCAUGCGCUCCAUUCAUAGGAAUAAAUAACCACAAUGAGUCGUUGCAGUUCAGAUGCGGGCUCGUUCGGAACGAAGACACGGAUGGGUACGUUUGGCUGUUCAAGACCUUCUUGGAGUGCAUGGGUGGACUUGCUCCGAUGAACAUAAUAACAGACCAGGAUUCUAGCAUGCGUGCAGGCAUAGAGGAGGUCUUUCCGUUGGCAGUGCACAGGCACUGCAGGUGGCACAUUAUAAAGAAGGCUGAGGAGACAAUAGGACCGUUCUUUGCUGACCGUCCAGACCUGCACAAGGCAUUCGAGCUGUUCUUGGACCACAGCUUGACGGUGGAGGAGUUUGAAAGGAGUUGGAUGGUUAUGAUUGAAACAUAUCAAGUCCAAGACCACGAGACGCUUGCUAGCUUGUGGGAGAAGCGAAUGUACUGGGUGCCGGCCUACUUCAUGCAGUGCUUCUUCCCGUUUCUGCAGACUACACAGCGCAGUGAGGGGUUCAAUGCUGUUUUGAAGUGGUACGUGAGCCCUGGCAACUCAUUACUACAGUUUGCCAAGCAGUACACCGCUUUGCAACAAAAAAUACUGGGAUCCGAGCUACAGCAAGAAGCAAACACUGCGCUCAAGCAGCCAAAAUUGCUAACGUAUUUACCAAUGGAGAGGCAGAUGAGCAAGAUAUACACCAACACGAUUUUUAACAAGUAA